AUGAUAAUGCCGGUCAUGAUGGGUGUUUUCAUUCUCUCAAUCUUUCCCUCCUGUCCACAGACGUACAUCGGCAAUGUGGUGGUGUCGGUCAACCCUUAUGAGAAACUGCCUCUCUACACACACGGGGUGAUAGAGGAAUACAGGAGUAGGAACAUCUACGAGCUGCCCCCACAUAUCUAUGCAAUCACCGACGAUGCCUACCGGUCUAUGCGGGACAAGAACAUGGACCAGUGCAUCAUCAUCUCCGGAGAGAGCGGUGCAGGGAAGACAGGUGAGCCCUCUGCCCACUCGACCACCGCGGCAAACUGUCAGUGACACUAGUCAGUGUUGCUGCUGGCAGUACUGCAUUGUGACUUGACGGG